AUGCAACAAGGCACAAAAUGCCCGAGAACUGAAGUGAGAGAUCCUUGAGAGCGAGUAUUUCAAAACAGUCGAAUGCAGUGCGCUUGUGAUUUUUCCAAAAUAGAAGACAGAAAAACAUCUUAAUGUAGGUGGAGCUGAGCCCGCUUGCCUUUGAUGAGAAAGUUACGCGUUUAACCUACUAGAGUGCGCAAUUCUCACACACUUCCUCGCAUGAAGAACCGAACUGUCACUUUCAUCAAGUCAAGGAUUGUACAGCCUCUCCAAACGCGCGCAUUAUACAGCCAAACCAUAGUGGUUAUCCUCCUUUCCCCCGUUUAUUUAAGUUUUCCUUUGCUGUUUCGGUACAACUUGCCUUUUUUUCUUUUGGAGAGCUGGAAGGCACCCCAGAUCUGCGCUCGCUUCAGCAUGCGUUUGGCGCACGGAGCGCACUCUUGGCGAGCUCUUCAUCAUCAGGCGCAGGGAUGAUGUUCAACUCAUCGGGCUCGUUAGAUUUCUUCUCGUUCACUCACCCGGAGGUCGCGUCGGAAGUUCUCAAUGGUUCCUCACACUUCUUUUACAACAUCUCAAUGGCCAUGUGGAACAAAUCCUGCGGGGAGCAAUUGCUCGAUUUCACCACAGCCGAGAAGAUUGUCAUCGGAAUGAUGCUGGCCAUCAUCACCACCGUGACGGUGAUUGGAAAUAUGCUGGUGGUGAUCGCGGUGUGCGUCGUUAAAAAGCUCAGACAGCCGUCCAACUAUCUGCUGGUGUCUCUGGCCGUGGCGGAUCUCUCCGUGGCUAUUGUGGUGAUGCCAUUCGUGAUCGUGACGGACCUCACGGGAGGAAAGUGGCUUUUUGGAGAGGUCUUCUGUAACAUCUUCAUCGGCAUGGAUGUGAUGUGCUGCACUGCAUCCAUCAUGACGCUGUGCGUGAUCAGUGUGGACAGGUAUCUUGGCAUCACCCGCCCUUUGACCUACCCUGCGCGACAAAACGGUCAGCUGAUGGCGAAGAUGAUCUUCGGUGUGUGGCUUGUGUCUGCCUCAAUCACACUGCCGCCAUUUUGUGGCUGGGCGAAGAACGUUAACACGGCUGGCGUUUGCCUAAUCAGCCAGGACUUCAGCUACACCAUCUACUCCACCGCCGUGGCCUUCUACAUCCCCAUGAUCGUCAUGCUCUUCAUGUACUACAAGAUCUUCAAGGCCGCCAGAAAAAGCGGCGCCAAACAUCGUUUUACCGACUUCUCCCGUCGGGAACGUCUGGAGACGGUUGCCAGCGAGGCCCUGAGGAUGCAAGGCCUAAAGCCCCAACACACGCCUGGCGUAGCUGAGGAGUGCGCUGCUCUUUCUCGCUUGCUCAACCGUGAGCGGCAUAAUAUCUCCAUCUUCAAGCGAGAGCAGAAGGCAGCUACGACAUUGGGCGUGAUAGUUGGAGUUUUUGGUAUUUGUUGGCUGCCGUUUUUCAUUCUGUCUACAGCAAGACCGUUUAUAUGUGGGGUUAAGUGUAGUUGCAUACCAAUAUGGUUGGAGAGGACGCUGUUGUGGUUUGGAUAUGCCAACUCGCUAAUGAACCCCUUUAUUUAUGCUUUCUUCAACCGGGAUCUGCGCUCCACAUACAGAGACUUGCUCCGUUGCAGGUACCGGAACAUAAACCGCCGACUGUCAGCUGUAGGCGUGCAUGAAGCGCUGAAGGUAUAAACUUAGAGUGUUAAAGGAUGUGGUUUGGCCUAAAUGUGGUUUACACGCAACUCAGACAGGACUUUAUUGUUAAUCAAGUAUGACUUUGAAGCCGAACAAUGUGCAUUGCUACAUCUGCUUAUUGGAUUUUUGUAAGGACAGUGUGAACAAAAGACAGAACCUCGGCCUCAUACUUAUUCAGAACACCCACGUUUCAGUUCCAUUAACGUAUGUGGUCAUUAAUUGUUUCAUUAUUUGUAUAGGUAUUCUGGAUUUGAUUUUAGUGAGUGUUAGACCUACUAAAAUACUUGGCUACAAAUUCUUUGAUUUUUAAGAUAUGAGAGAGAAAGUUUGAGGUUGUUAAUGGAUUAGCUCACUUCAGAAUUAAAAUUUCCCAAUAAUUUAUUCACCCCUAUGUCAUUCAAGAUGUUAAUUACACAAAUAGUAGACUUCAAUUGGGAUCAGUGGGUUGAAGGUCCAAAUUGCAGUUCAGUGCAGCUUCAAAGGGCUCUACGCGAUCCCAGCCGAGGAGUAAGGGGAGGAGUAACUAUCUUUCGACUGAAGAUAGAAAGACAUGAACAUCUUGGAUGACAUGGGGGCGAGUAAAUUAUCAGGAAAUUUUAAUUCAGGAGUGAACUAAUCCUUUAAAUUAAUUGAAAAAAAAAACCCCCAAAAUAAAUCAUUAAAACCUCUAUAAAGCAAAAUAUUUACAAUAAGAAAUGUUAUUAUUGUUCAUCACCUGACACUGAAAACUGGAAUAAUGGAGAGUAAAAAUUCAGCUUUUCCUUCACAAAAAAAGAGACGAAAAUGAAAAACCAUUAAAAUAGAAAGAAAAUUAAGUUGUAAUAAUUUUUCCCAGAUUUCUUUUUUUUUUACUGAAUUUUUAAAAGCAGGCUUGGUGAGCAUAAGAGACUUUUUUCAAAAACAUUAAAAAAAAAUCUUACAGACCCCAAAUGUUUGAAUGGUAGUGUAUAUGAAGAGUUCAGAUGCAAAAGCCCCUAAAUCCAUCUGACGUAUUUCUUUAAAAUUAGCUUUUCUCCCUGGCUACUUUGUAUAGGUUUCUAUGUACGUACUGGUACUUCUGAUUUGGAUGAGGCUGGAAUUUAGCGAGUUUGAAGUAAAAGUAUUUGAUGGACAUGUACUAUGUGUCAGGAGCAUUCACUCAGUAUCAUUAUCUCAUUUUUGACCGAGAUGCAUUUGGUUUUGCAUCUGAACUCUUCAUAUACAGUGUGUAUAUAUAUAGGACUGUCAAUUGAUUCAAAGUUUUACCUAAUUAUUUAUCUAAUGUAUUACAUGUUUUGAUUAAUUAUUUUAGUUAAUUGCAAAAUAAAUUUGACUGUGAAAUACCCACAAAGAUUAUUUAAAGCUAUUUUUGUGUUAAAUGAGAAACUGUCAAGUAGUCAUUACAAACUGUAGCUUUAGAAAUAAAUAUUUUAUUUGAUUCAACAUUUUAUUACACAUAAACAUUUAGGCCGCAAUGGCCUAACAUAAACUAUGGAACAUAAAAGAAGAUAAUUUGAGAAACAUCUCAGUAUUUUUUGUUCAUACAAUGAAAGUCACUGGGAACCAAACCAUUCAUUUGAUUCGUUCAAACGGCUGAUUUAUUCAGGAAUGAACGAGAACUCCACUUCCAGAACAACAAUUUACAGAUAAUGUACUCACCCCCUUGUCAUCCAAGAUGUUCAUAUAAUUCUUCAUAUAAUGUUGAAAAACUCUUGACAGUAUUUUCUCCCUCAACUUCAAAAAUCAUUUCAAAAUCAUCCUACAUCACUACAGAAGUUCCGACCCAGUCUUUGCAAAGUGAACAUGCAAAGAAGAUCAAACACCCUUAACAAAAAAGGUUAAACAGCGAUAUAGAACGAUUUUGAAGUUGAGGGAGAAAAUACAGUCAGAGUUUUUCGACAUACCCUAGCUGUUUUGAGCUAGAAUACACAGAGUUCAGGGAGAGUAAGACAACGCAAGCAUUUGAGAUUAAAAAGUAUAUAAAUUGUAUUAUUUUCAUGAAAAUAACCAAUCGUUUUGUUAGAUAAAACCCUUCUUCCUCGGCUGGGAUCGUUUGAAGCCGCAUUUAAACUGCAUUUUGGAAGUUCAAACUCAGGGCACCAUUAUCAGUCCAUUAUAUUACAAAUGAAGAAAGAAAGACAUGAACAUCUUGGAUGACAAGAGGGUAAGUACAUUAUUUGUAAACUGUUCUGGAAAUUGACUUCUCCUUUAAGCUUGCGAUAGAUCGGGACAAAAUCAAAAUGUUUCUACAUUUUGAUUUAUGAGGUUUGUUUGAGUUGUAAUUGAAUUUUAUACAUUUAAUAAAAUGAUACCUUUGUAUAAACAUCAGUGACUACAGGCUAUUUUCAGAACUAAUGAAAAUAUAUGGUUCAUGUUUUGACUUCAUCUCUUAAGAAUCAAUUAUAUAUUUUUAUUUUAAAAUACAGAGUACAUUCUGAUAAACACGGGGACACUUUAAAUAGCACUAAAAUAGUGAUAUCCUAAAAUAUCUUUCUAUAUGUUACCAACAGUACGUGUUUGCUAUUCCCGUCUAUAAAUUCAUAGUAAUUAGCUCAUUUUUGCUGUCAUAAAGUGAUGGGGUGUGAUUAUAGGGAUGCUCUUGGCUGUUAUCUUCUCAAAGCUGCUAAUUUUCUCAUCGUAACAAUAGAUUCUGUAAUGUGGAACAAAAGUGUAAAUCUUCACACUUGCCUCUUUCGUUUUUAGCCAGUCAUUGGUUCAUUUAUCGGCAUUAAGCAGAGAUCAUGUUGAUUUCCCUCCACCUGUGAGUGUUCUGAGAAAGUAUGCAGCCACCUUAAAGCAGAUGUUCUGUACAUAUCUGGCAACCGAGUCUCCAGAGGAGGAAAAAUAAGGGCUUGUAGGCAGUUGUCACUAUGAGGCUUGACUGAUAUUGGAAAUCCAUCAGAACGUGUGUGUGUGUGAGCGUGAAUCCCUGCCUUGAGACAACAAGAGACAGGACACUCACCUUGCUUUUCCGAUGACUCAGUCCAUCUAUUUUAAGAACUUUAAGAACAUGGAAUAGCCGACUGUCUUUGAUGGAACAUCUGACUCCGCGAGCCAUUGUGCAUAUGCCGUGAUCUGGCAUUGUCAAUUUUGUACCCUUUUUUGACCUGUUGUGGCAAUUGAAAAAGACUUUCAAUGCCUUUAAGUGUCUCUUCAACCAUGAUUGACGAAACUCACGGUAAGCGGCAUUAAAUGGGGACUGAUUCUUGUAAAAUCUUGUGUUAAUGACUCUUAACAGAUAAAUUAUUGACUGAGCAACUCAACGUGGUUGUUUACACACAGGAGGAGAAGUGUUCUUGAUGUACAGUUCUAUAUGUAUGUUGCCAAAUCUUUGUGAGAAGCUUACAAAGUGUUUCUUGUCACAGAUUUUAACCCUGCACCAGAAACGUCGAAAUUGCCUGUGCAUUUUUGUGUAUUACCUUUUCCCACAAGGACUACACUGUAAAAAACUAUUUGUUGAGUCAACUUAAAAUAAUUUGUAACCUGGCUGCCUUAAAAUUUUAAGCUCAAAAAAAGUAUAUUCAGCUUGAAAUGUUAAAUUAUACUAAGUGACAACUUAGAUAUUUGAGUUGAAUCAACUUAAAAUUUUAAGGCAGCUGGGUUACUUACCCAUCUGAUAAGUUUAUUAGACACAAUUAUCUAAGUUGUUACUUAGUACAACUUAACAUUUCAAGUUAACUAAACUUAUUUUAGUUGACUGAACUUAAAAUUUUAAGGCAGCAGGGUAACAAAUUAUUUUAAGCUGACUCAACAAAUUGUGUUUUUUAUUUUUUACAGUGUACACUAAGUGUUUUGCCAAGAUUGUUGAUGUAAAACAAAGCUAAAAGGAAAAUGAAGAGAGUUAAGAAAUGAAAUAAAUUAGAAAAAAAGAAAACAAGGGACUUAUUUGACAGUUUUGACUUCUUGGGGGCGAUUCUCAUUCCAAUCAGACAGAUGCUCAUCAAAGUGUCCACAAAAUUAAAAAAAUCUCUUGCAGAUUUGUGGUAGGACAACAAUGACUGGAUGUCUAACAACCUUUGUAUACCUUAAAAUGAUAGUUCACCCAAAAAAAAAAAAUAAAUAAUAAUAAUAAUUUUUUGGUGAACUAUCCCCAACUCAAAAAUGUACUUGUUCAUAGUUACCAGAAACCGAAGGUUGUCAGUUACUGAUGCAAUUUUUACAAUACAAAUUGAUUAUAUAUUGGAAACAUUUUAAAGGAACAGCUCGCCCAAAAAUAAAAAAAAAAAUCGCUGAAAAUUGACUCACCCUCAGUCCAUCCAAGUUUGUUUCUUCAUUGGAACAAAUUUGGAGAAAUUUAGCAUUACAUCACUUGCUCACAGCUGGAAACAAACUCCUCUUGAAUGGCCUCAGGGUAAAUUUUCAGAAAAUGUUCAUUUUUGGGUGAACUAAUCCUUUAAGGCUGCUUUCACACUACAGCUUUUGAUGCAGACCCAAAUUUUAUUUGACUUCAGAGUUUGGGUUGUUUGGUUGGACUGCAAAUAUCAGAAACUAAUAAUUGGCUUACUUUCAGUUCAUUAGUUGGAAUUUGAAUUGGCCACAACACAUAGGAAGUUUAAUGACGAGAAGAUACAUUUACUGAAUUGAAAUUUAAUGCAUUCCAGGAAAUGAAGUGCUCUUCCAUGUUUAGUCACACUUACUACAGAAUAAUGCAUAUGUAAUUGCUGCAUGUUUUUGAAUAAAUUACAGUCAGAGAGCAGCUCGCAUUUGGAGUAUAUCUGACUAAACAUUAGUGGCAGAUUCAACUGCCAUAUGCUUUAUUCUGUACAUACACAACUAAAGGUACAACUACUUACUGUGAAACUGGCAUCAAUCUCCUAAGUCAUUAUCUAGCUACUAGUUACCUCUUGCACCCCCUGUUAUUUAUACUCACACUAAUGGUGUAAACACUGCAAUUAGAACUAAAAACUACAAACGUGUGGUCUCAUGUUCAGGGCCCAAGAGCCAAGUGUGGAAGAAAAAAAAAAAACAAAGAGCAUACACUCUUAAAAAUAAAGGUGCUUUAAAAGGUUCUUCACAGCAGUGCUAUAGAAGAACCAUUUUUGGUUCCACAAAGAACCAUUCAGUUAAAGGUUCUCUUUCUUUCUUACCUUUUUAUAAUCUGAAGAACCCUCUUUUGCCACAAAGAACCUUUUGUGAAACAGAAAGAUUCUUUAGAUGUUAAAGGUUCUUUAUGGAACCAUUUAGACAAAAAAGUUUCUUCUAUGGCAUCGUGAAGAACCUUUAUUUUUAAGAGUGUAAGUGUUCACGCAGCAGAUCAUAAAAUACAGCAUACAGUGAAAGUGUUAUACUGUAUUACAUACAACGGUGAGGUAUUCAAGAGUGUACAAUUCAAUAGCUCUGAACAGAACAAUAUAGAGCAGAAGAUGGAGGAGGACGAAACAUGAUUGAUGUAUAGCAGCCUAAACCGUGUCAUUAUCAGGUAAAGUGCUGGUACUUAGGGGUGUAUUAGCCAUGUGCAGUCGCCUGGAAAUAAAUGGUUUUGAACCCGAUGACCAGUGUUUUGAUGCUGCGGUAGAGCCACAGCGGAUCAAGAGAAUAGUUUGUGGGAAGGAACAAAGGAUUCUGGGUAAAAUCCAUUUUUCAGACCGCAGCAACACUAUCUUCUGUGUACUGACAGUAGCUGUUAAUUCAUGUGUGCCAUAAAUUGGAUGGUGAAUGGAUGGAUAAUAUUUGUGCCUGCCAAAAAGUUGUAGCUCCCAUUUAUCUCAAGAAAUCUGUGAAUUUUUUAAAUCGUUUGUGCUGGUGUGUUAUUGAUAUCAACCAGUCUGUGAUAGAAAAAACUAUCAUGGUAAUACAAUGGAUUUCAAGUGGGGUCCAAAACUCUAAGCCUUUAUGUACAAAUACUACUGUUAAAAAGUUUGGAAUUCAUUUUUUUAAAGAACCAUAAAGAAAUCAAUACUUUUAUUAUUUUAUUUAGCAAGCAAAGAUAUAGUAGUCAACAUUUGAAGUGGAUCAGAAAAGUUCAUCAAAGUUGUCCUAAGACAAGAACAGGUAUGGUUUUGGUUUUAGGACAACUCUGAUGAAAAGUUCUGAUCCACUUCAAAUGUUGACUACUGUAUAGUUACAUUUCAGAUAAAUGCCAUCCUUAUUAUUAUUUUUAUUCAUCAAAGAAUCCUAAAAUUGUAAACAAAAAACACAUAUCAAUAUUUUCAAAUAUAUAAUAUAUAUAUAUUAGAAUGAUUUCUGAAGGAUCAUGUGUCACUGAAGACUGGAGUAAUGGCUGCUCAAAAAUUUAGCUUUGCCAUCACAGAAAUGAAUUCAAUUUUAAAUAUAUAUUAAAUAAUGAAAAGAGGAUAUUUCACAAUAUUACUGUCUUUACUGUACUUUUGAUUAAAUAAAUACAGCUUUGGUGAUCAAAAGUAUGUGAUAUAAAAUAUAGGUACAUUUAUUCAUUAGAAAUGAUAUUAUCUGCAUGAACAGUAACUUACUUGAAAUUGUUUAGAUGCGUGGACCCCACUAAAAGUGUCAUAGUAUUACCUUCAGAUAUAAUGACUUUACCAUAAAUGGUCUGUCUUUUGUAUUCCUUGUUUACAUUGUUAUCGCACCAGCUUUUUAUAUUGACACAUCAUUUGUGAUAUUUCAGAAUAAUUUAUUAUUCCAGUUGUUAAAGUGGUUGUUUCUGUGCAGAGAGUAUUUUCAUGGAUCAAGGUGGAGUCAUGUAGACUUUAAUGUUUUUCUUUACUCUUAAAAAUAAAGGUUCCAAUUUUUUUUUCUUUCAGAGAAUAGCUCUAAACUGACUUUUUUCAAUCAUUUAAAGAACCUACUGUUAUUAUGAAGAACCUUUUGUGCAAUGAAACUGUUACAUGGAGGUUCUUCAUGCCAAUAAAGAAUCUUUAUUUUUAACAGUUUUUAGAUCUUCAGAACUGUCUCAAAAGCCUUAUGUUUAUUGUUUUUAAUGCUUGCCAAUUCGUUUCCAGAAAGGAAUACAUAGCUACCAAAUCCAUUCCACUCUCAAAGUUCUGAUUUACGAUAGCGUUUUAGUGCCACGUUAAAAAAAAAAUAAAAACUCUAAAAUUACGAGAUUAAAGUUGUAAUAUUGUGAGAAUGAAGUCAUAAUAUUUCGAAUAAAAAAAAUAUUACGAGAAGAAAUUCAAAAUAUUACGAGGAUAAAUUUGAAAUAUGAGAAUAAAGUUGAUAUAUUUUGACAAUAGUGAAAAUUAUUAGAAUAAAGUCAAAAUUUUUCAAGAAGAAAGUUGAAAUAUUACGAGAAUAAAGUCAUAAUUAUGAGAAUAAAGUCAAAAUGUUUUGACAAUAAAGGUGAAAUAUUACGAGAAUAAAGUCUAAAUAUUUCAAGAAUAAAUGCUAAAUAUUUAGAAAAUAAAGUCAACAUUAUGAGAAUUAAUCCGUAGCAAUUAUAAGAUUAAAGUUAUAAUAUUUUGAUAGUAUAUUCUAGUCUAUUGUGCAUGCAAAUGACAUGGAUUGGGAGCACUGUGACAUAAUUCAAAGUCUCAGCUUUCAAAAUUUUUGUUUUAUAACGUAAUACAAACAAUUGGCUAUUACAAAUGUCUAUUACAAUAAUGUGUUUUUCACAGUUUUUAAUAUUAAAAGCACUACAUUUUUACGAUUACUGGGCGGCUGGUAUUCUACAAAUAAUGAAUGGAAGAUGUUAAAUAUUAUUUUCAAUCAUUUACUCUAUUAUACUGUGAAUAAAACAGCUUGUGAAUAGUCACUUAGAUACCCCAGAAAAGACAACAAUAUAACUUACAUUAAAGAGCUAGAGUCCACUUGAACCUUUAGAACGUUUAAUUGUUGUUUUUAUUUAAAUACAUGCGAGGAAUGAAAGAUUGGAUGUGAGACGUUUUUGAGUAGGUGGAAAUUAAACAGAAAACUGUUUAAUUUAGUUAAAUGUCUCAUUGUAACAAAUGUCUCAUUGUAAUCGAAAAGACGAUUGAUUUACAUGAAUACAGCGAUCUGUCCUGCCAGAUUCAAGAGCGUGAAAAAUACAUUAUUGCAAAAGACAUUGUAUAUCACUACAAAACUGACAGAUUUCAAAAGCUGAGACUCUGCUAUAUAUUAAAAGUAACAAAAGCACAAAGCUUAUUGCUAUUAUUGUGUGGCUGAUGCACAACAAAUAGGCCUAAUGAAUGCAAUCGAAGAUGUCAAAUAUUAUUUCCAAGCAUACUGUCCUUGCAAGAAUAACACGUGGUAUGAUUUCUGCUAAUAAUCCCACAUUCAAAUCAAUUACGGCUUUUUGACUUUAUUCUCAUAAUUUCGAUUUUAUUCUU